AACGAGUUUGGCCCCCUGAGCCCCUUGCAUGGUGCCAAGGGGGUUCUAAAACAAGAUCCAGGUGUUGAGAGCCAUGCGCGUGCGGCAGAAGCUUACAGCCAGAUACUGCUGCGUAUGGGGUCUUGGCGCUUUGUGCCUGCUUGGAUGGCUUGGAGCAGCAGGCGGCGGCUAUGCCUUCACUGGCGUCAAGCCCGUUGCCAAGCCCUACUUGGCAAUGAGGACUCAGGCGGCUCAGGAAGCUCAGGAAGGAAAGGAGGGCGAUAUUAGCAAAGGACCAUGGAGACGAUUUCGAACCUGGAUAACAGAUGCAGACAGCCGUCAACGUUUUGCCUCGAUGGGUGCAGCUGGAGUUUUGAGCUACGGUGUUGUUUCCAAUAUGAACUACAUUCCGCUCUUUGCAUUUGCAUGGUACGUGGUGUCAACAAGAAGCGGAGUCUCACCUGUGCAUGAGUGGCCUGCUUUCCUUUCUACGUAUGCUGCACUUUACGUUGUGAAUAACUUGCUGCGGCCCAUUAAGCUGGUAGCAGUUGCGUUUGCGACUCCCCGUGUCAAUCGCUGCUUCAAGUGGGUGAUGAACAAGUAUGGGAUUGGAAAGAAGCGAGCAGUGGCCAUAGUGUACAUUGUUCUCAAUACCUUCACAGUCCUUCUCAUGGCUUUGAGCGUCCUUGUCGCCAGCUGCCUUGCCGGGGUUCCAGUUUGGUGAGCGAAGUUUCGU